AUGCGAAUCAACCGGGAGAUUGACGUCCACGAAGCCUACAUGAUUCAAGCUGUUCAGAAACAAGCAUGUUCCUUGCGAAACUCUGCUGUAUCCAUUUUUGAGGAACUGAAUUUUCGAAUGAAAUUUCCGGAAACGGCCAGAAGCAUGUGGACUUUGUAUGGCGGAUAUCAUCGUGAGUUUAUGCCAGGCUUCAGGCAAAACAUCAUCCAUGAAAUCAAAAAGACCACACUCCACCAGCAUCGAGCAGCUCCCAUCGGCUGCAUCCACGGACCAAUUUCCCCAUUCAGAUCCCAAAUUGUCAGGGAUGACCAAGGGAAAGUAUACAAGAUUGGAGAUCAGGCUACUUUUAUCAUUGUUCCGAGAGAUGCUAAUGGACAGGAAAAGUUCAUUUUCCAGAAAAAAGUUCCCGAGAAGCAGCCAUUCGUGGUAAAAAUAUAUCCCGAAGUCCACAAGAUCACAGUAUAUCCAUGUUUGAAUGCUGCUAAAAAGCUCUUUGUCAAGGUCGAUGUCGAUCUGCUUGAAGAAGGAGAAUUCAACGUCCAGGUGAUCUUGAACUGGUAUGGAAUCAUAUCGAAGCCAUUCCCAAUCACCGUCGAUGGCUUUGAUCGUUCCCUCAUUUCUUUCAUAGACGAAGAUCGUGAACAAGAGGUUAAAAACCAGCCAGACAUCGUCAGUGGUCACGGACACGGCGACGACCAAGUCAAUCGCGCUUGGGGGGUCUGUGCUCUUCCAGGCGGACUUUUCGCUGUUGGGGAUCGAGGCAACCAUCAAGUAAAAGUCUUCACAACAAGAGGGGAAAUAGUCGACAUCUACCCUCCGAGAAUGACUCCUGGCGAGCCUAUGCCCCCAAGCACAGAACGAGGAUUAUUUGACAAACCCUGCGGACUUGCGUACACAAGAACUCCCGAAUCAGCGAUCGUAGUUGCAGACAAGGACAAUCACAGGGUUGCAAUUUUGCUGUGGGACAAGAAGAGGAAUAAGCUCAAUCGAGCUUUUGGAAAAGAGGGAACGAAGAUCGGACAGUUCAAGUAUCCAUGGGACGUUUCAGUGAAUUUAAGCGGAGAAAUCGCCGUUUCGGACUCUCGAAAUUGGCGUGUUCAGCUCUUCACAUUCCUUGGAGACUAUAUCGCAUCGUUCGGAUAUGGGAACGAACCCGAGCAUCUCAAAGCAUCAGUCUUCACCAGUUCACGGCCGUUGAACUACCCACGAGGAAUCGUCUUUGACAAGAAAGGAAACUUGCUUGUCACUGAUUUCAAUGCGCACACUGUCACGAUCAUCGACCCCGAGUUCAAGAAGUCAAUGCAAUUCGGCUGCUCCCAAAAGGCAGCAAACGGAGCGCCCUCUCCGCCUUCUUUGUCACCGCCUUCGUUCUCUCCACCUCACCGAGAUGACUUGGACUGGUCGACACUGGACAUUUCCGAUAACGAUAGCAGCAGUGAAGAGGAGCAACAACAGACCAGCAGUGCAUUUAUGCAUUAUUUUGACUUGAAUAAAGACGAAGAGAUCGAUCAUGUGAUCAUGGAAAGACCAGCCGGUAUUGCCAUCGACAGAGACGGAAAUUUCUAUGUUGCUGUGUGCAAAUUUCGUAAAAUUUACGUAUUCAAUCCUGAUCGAACUCUCCGGGGCAAAAUCAUCAACGAAAAUCUGCGAAAACCAGCAGGAAUCUGCAUCACAACCGAAGGAAGACUGGUUGUGGUCGAAGAAGGCGAAAACGAUCGAAUUUCAACUGUUGAGGACCAACACCGAAUUCUUAUUUUCUAA